AUGAAGAAAGAAGUGGGUGAUCUGACCUCCCCCUUCUCUAUCCCUCCCGACUCUCGUCGAAUCAACCCCGCGCACCCUCAUAAACCUGAUGGCUCGGACAACGACAAUGACCGCGUCGAGAUCGGACCAACUCCACUGGCAUUCGCUGAAUGGCAGCAUCUCGGCUUGCAGCCGCCACACCUACCGACUAUGCGUGAAUAUCGCCUACAGCGCAUUCGCGAUCAGUUGAGGAGUCACGACCUGGGCGGUAUUCUACUGUUCGAUCCAUUGAACAUUCGUUAUGCCACCGACACCACCAAUAUGCAGCUGUGGACGACACACAAUCCCGCUCGCGCCUGCUUUAUUGCACCUAGUGGACACAUCGUGCUAUGGGAUUUCCAUAAUUGCGGCCAUCUUUCCGCGCAUCUGCCGCUGAUCAGUGAACGGCGCACCGGUGCCACAUUCUUCUACUUCGAAACGGGCGAUCGCUCUGGUGAACAUGCCGCGCGUUUCGGCAAAGAAGUGGAUGAAUUGCUCCGGAAGCAUUCCGGCAGCAACCGACAGCUGGCCGUGGAUCGUAUCGAAAUUGCCGGCCUGCGUGCCCUCGAUGCGCUGGGAGUGGACGUGUCUGACGGGCAGGUCAUCAUGGAGAGUGCCCGGAUGAUCAAGGGCCCGGAUGAGAUCCGCGCAAUACGUUGUGCGGUUGCCUCUUGCGAAGCCGCGGUCGGCGAGAUGCGACAGGCCAUGCGCGCCGGUGCCACGGAAAACGACGUGUGGGCUGCUCUGCACUCUGGCAAUAUUCGCCGUGGCGGUGAAUGGAUUGAAACUCGCAUUCUCAACUCUGGGCCGCGCACAAACCCUUGGUAUCAGGAAUCCGGGCCGCGAGUACUUCGGGACGGAGACCUGGUGUCGUUCGACACCGACCUUAUCGGUGUAUAUGGUAUGUGUGUCGACAUGUCGCGAAGCUGGAUCUGCGGCGGCCUCGAGCCUACAGCUGAACAGAAACGCCUGUAUCGCAUCGCCUACGAACACAUCACAACGAAUAUAGAGAUGGUCAAGCCCGGUGUACGCUUUACGGACUUGACACGCAACAGCCACCGUCUCCCUGAAAGCUGCCGCGCUCAGCGCUAUGGAGUGAUGUUCCAUGGUGUAGGGUUGUGCGACGAGUACCCGUGCAUCCGCUACCCAGAAGAUUUGGAUUCUUACGGCUACGAAGGAGAGCUUCAGGCGGGUAUGGUGCUAUGUGUCGAAGCCUAUGUUGGCGAAGUCGGCGGCAAGGACGGUAUCAAGCUGGAGAAUCAACUGCUUGUGACUGAGACAGGCUAUGAGUUACUAACUCAUUAUCCAUUUGAAGAGAGCUUUCUGCACGACUGA